CAGUAGUCUACCUACUACCUAACAACUCAUUGUCUUUCUAUCUGGACAUCUAUUGAUAAUCUAACGGGUCUUCAAUCACCUCAACGACCUGUCAAUCAAUCUUUCUUGUUUUGUUGUAGCACGUUUAGUGACUACAAACCUGUUUCUGUGUAGCUAGGCACUCCGGGACAACUAACCACCAAGAUGUCGAUGGACGAGCCCGAGGAUCUGGAGAUGGAGGGAGAGGAGGAGAUAGACGCCAAGGAGCUGAAGAAGGAGCUGGCCGAGUCCAAGGCAGUUAAAGUGCUGAUGCUGGGUGCUGAGGAGUCGGGGAAAAGCACCAUCGUAAAACAAAUGAAAAUCCUCCACCAGGGUGGUUUUAAUGAGGAGGAGAAGGUGAUGUACAGAGAGGUGAUCUUUGGUAACAUCCUGCAGUCAGCUUUGUCCAUCGUCAGAGGCAUGAGCAUCCUGGAGAUCAAGUACGGAUCGCCAGCCGCAGAGGAUGAGGGCAAGAAGCUGGAGAACCUUUCCAACUCCACUGAAGAGGGCACCAUGCCUCCUGAGCUGGCUGAGUGCAUCAAGAAGCUGUGGCUGGACCCUGGCGUCCAGGAGUGCUUUGAGAGAGCAGCUGAAGGCUACCAGCUCCUCGACUCCGCUCACUACUUCCUCAGUGACCUUGACCGCAUCACCGUGGCUGACUUGACCCCCAAUGACCAAGACAUCCUACGGUGCAGGAUCACGACCGGCGGGGUUAACGAGGAGAGGUUCAUCUGUAAAGACAUCCAAUUCAGGAUGUUUGAUAUGAGCGGCAGAAGAGAAGAGAGGAAGAAGUGGAUCCACUGUUUCCAGGGCGUCCAUUGCGUCCUGUUCUGUAGUUCCCUCAGCGCGUAUGACCUGGUGCUGCUGGAGGACGAGGAAGUGAACCGCAUGCACGAGUCUCUCCACCUAUUCAACAGUAUCUGCAACCACAGGUUCUUCGAGGACACCAUCCACGUGCUCUUCCUCAACAAGAAGGACGUCUUCCAAGAGAAAAUCAAGCAUGUCCACCUCAAUGUCUGCUUCCCCGACUACGACGGGCCAAAUACAUACGAAGACGCCAGUAACCACGUGAAGAUGCAGUUUGAGUCUCUGAACUUGAAGCAGGCGGAGAAACCCAUCUAUACCCACGUCACCUGCGCUGUAGACACACAGGACGUGAACCAGGCCUUCGACACCGUCACAGACGUCAUCAAAAUCAAUCUAAAAGACGCCGGGCUGUUCUGAGGCAGCUGCUGAUAGAAGAACUUCCUUCCAUCCAUCAGCCAACUCAUUGGUUUUAUUUGGCCACUGUGCUGAAGGAGGUGGACAGUUGGUGGACAACUGUUUAUCUGCUGUCACCACCUCAGAGCCCUGGUUCUUCGGACGCUUCCUCGACAUCAACAUCAUCAAGGCCAUUGGAUUGAAACAGAGUAUCAAAACAUUUGUAAAAAAAAAAGAAAGGCUAAUUACAUAAGGCAGCAGCAGGCCGGCCAUAUGCUCUUCUUUGCGUGAGGCAUUGGACAGCACUUAAAAUUGUGGAAUGUACCUUUAAAUCCAUGAAGCUAGUGUUUUUGUCUUACCUUCAGUAGUCUCCUGUGGUCUCCAUUUUAACGUUAAAAAGUUAUAAAGUAAACAGCUGAAAUUUCAAUAUUUCUAAAUUCAAUUUUAAUCUAUUUUUAAUAGAAUAAUAAGCUUACACUUUGUAAAUAAUAGAUCAAUCUUUAUUUUAAGAAAGACAUCAGAAGUACUGUGAGAAAGAAGGGAUCUUUGUUUUUGUGAUGUGUAGACACAUAAAAUAAAGAUGCAUAUACUUCCCUGUUCGGUUUCUGAUCGUUGAAGAUUACACAAUACUAUUAUUACAUAGAACAUGAACACAUGGACACUUUCCCAAGGUGGUUGAAGUGGAAUGAAAAAGGUGCUGGUACACAUUUUGGAUCCCGGUACUCAUAAUAUUUUAGAGCAAAUAUUCUAUGCAGGUGCCAGUACUCAAGUAGUAGAAAAUGACAGGUUCUGAUAUUAUAGCACCGGCCCACUUCAAGCACUGCUUUGCCAUUGGCUGGAUUGUGAAAUACAAAAAGACAAAUAUGGAGAUGAGCGGAGAGCUUUAGUGCCAUAAUUUAAUGGUGUUAAGAUCAACAACAACAACAUCUGUACAAAGUCAAACUGAACCAGAAAUAUAACGUAGUUACUACAUCUGAUCAGUGUCCAGGGUCGUAUUCAUUAGUGCACACCGUUUCAAAAUGUAGCAAAACGUUAUUAUUAAAGUCUUAUUGGACAAUUCCAGGUAUUCCCUCCCUGUUUCAGUGUAUUAUCUUCUGUUUGGGGGCCUAAUUGGUGAAUAUGACCCUGGAAUGUAUAGUAAUGUCCGGGAAGUGGUGACAGUCUAACCCAGAUACAGUAGUUAGUGGCUAUUUGGCAACCGUUUUCUGGACAGAAUUAACGCUCAGUGGAGUUCUCCUUGGUUCCGAACCAAUCAUAUUUCUUACUUAAAAACUUAACCCAACCCAUAACCCUUUAUCACGUGGAAUUACAUAGUGUCUCAUUUCUUGCCUAAACUUAACCAAAUCACAUUUGUUUCUGCCCUCGGAGGCAGAGUUGCCAUUAGAACAAGAUGGGAUAAGGAAAACUCCAUUCUGCAAGUGGGGUCUGAGCGUAGCUUCCCCCUCUGUAACAAGACAUUUUGUUACACACUUGAUUUAGUUCCUUGGUCAGUUCAUUCUUUAACUGAAAUUCACAGGAUUAAAAAAUCACUUUGAAUUAAAAAAAACAAGGCCAUAAAAUAUCAUGCUGUGAAUUCCAAAAAUCUCUUUCAUGCAGGUAAUCAAUAAUUAUUGUCUUAUAAAGUGUUGUGAUACAAUUAUUAAUCUCACUUGACAAUAAUCAAUAUUCAAUGAUCAAUAAAUGUACAAUAAUGUGCGGUAGUGAACAAGAGUCCUAAAUAUAAAAAUACUGUUCAAUACAAAGUGGUCCAUUUCUACAUUUUUUUUUUU